GGCACCUGUGCACCCCACAGGUGAGAGGGGUCUGCAGGUCUCGCCUCUUACCGUAGAAUUAAUCCUCGCUCCUCUGCCCUCUGCCCUGGGCCUCGGAGCAGUCUGCCUGGUCUGACCCCCGUGGUCCGGCCUGGGUCCCGACAGGUGUGUCCUGGGGACCAGGACGAGAGGGACAGCUCCUCAUGCAACCUCUAGGAAGUCAAACUGGAGGGAGGAGGGCAAAUUCCAGGAGGCGGGGCUCGGUGCCGCGGGGAAGCCCAGACGGCCCACGGUCCCCCAAGCCCCACCCCACUGCAGAUCCGGGAUCCGAGCGCGGGACGUGGCGCCCUGGCACUUUGUCGUCCGAAUGGCAGACCCCGACCCAGAUCCAGAAUCCGAGCCCGAAUCCGUGUUUCCGCGGGAGGACGGUCUCUUUGCAGACUCUUACUCGGAGAAGAGCCUAUUCUGCUUCUGUGGUCAUGUGCUGAGCAUCACGCAGAACUUCGGGUCCCGCCUCGGAGUGGCAGCGCGCGUGUGGGACGCGGUGCGGAGUGGGCUGCUCCGGGUGAGGGUUGCGCGGGAAGUCCGGAUCCCGGAUCCCGCUCUACUCGGUGGGGCCCAUCCCAGCUACAGUCUGUUUUUCUCUUUUCUCCCACAGGCUCUGAGCCUGUGCAACUAUUUCGAGAGUCAAAAUGUGGAUUUCCGAGGCAAGAAGGUGAUCGAACUGGGUGCGGGAACCGGCAUCGUGGGGAUCCUGGCGGCGCUGCAGGGAGGGGAUGUUACCAUCACUGACCUGCCCCUGGCCCUAGAACAGAUCCAAGGCAACGUCCAGGCCAAUAUGCCAGCUGGAGACCGGGCUCAGGUCCGGGCCUUGUCCUGGGGGAUUGACCAGCAUGUCUUCCCUAGAGACUAUGACCUGGUGCUGGGGGCUGAUAUUGUAUACCUGGAGCCCACCUUCCCACUGCUGCUGGGAACCCUUCAACACCUGUGUGGGCCCCAUGGCACCAUUUAUCUGGCCUCCAAGAUGAGAGAGGAGCACGGGACAGAGAGCUUCUUUCAGCACCUUCUACCCCAGCAUUUCCAACUGGAGUUGGCCCAGCGGGAUGAGGAUGAGAAUGUGAACAUCUAUAGGGCCAGGCACAGAGAACCAAGACCUGCUUGAUGUCAUUCCAUCUGCUUCUUUGAACCCCUUGUCUUAAUGAAGGAACUGCCAUGUCUCCAAAGCCAUAAAUGCGAAGACCAAACAGGAUGGAUUUCUCUGCUCUUUCUUUUUUUCAUCUUUGUUCCUUCAGCUAUUCUUGGGUAGAUGCAAGGAGGUGUCUGUUGCUAUAAGUACUGGAAUUCCAGCAGCACUUAGUCUUAGAGCACAAAAGAAGUUCCCAGUUCCUAUUCUCAGAGAAGGAGAGUGACUGGUUGUCCAGGAUUUUUAGGGCUAAAGGUAAAUGGGAUGUGAGAGCAGUGGCUGCAGAGAGACUGUCCCUGGUGACCUCUAGUCUUGCUGUUGUCUGUUAAUACCGAAUGGAUUUUUUUUUUUUUUUGCCAGAUCCUAUGGAAUUUUUUAAAGAGAAAGAAAUAGGCAUUAAAGAUCUCUUACACAUGCAAAGAAUUCAGGUUUCUGCAUGGGGGGCUGGGAAGGAAUAUGCCUUAGACCAUCCAUUUCUUGCUUCUAAAGAUGGAGUCUGGUGGGAAGAGGGACCAUGGAUCUAACUGUGUCAAGCCUUUGCAGCCCUGGAGCUGCAGGUAGGUAGUAGAACUGUCCUUGGGACUGUAGCUUUUUCAUCCUUUUCAGAGUUGGCACUCUGAUUACAGAACAUCAUGCCAUGUAGAGGAACAUUGGAUUGAGUACUAGAUUCUUAUUAUUUUUGAAUUUUCUUUAGGUUUCCAAGUCCCAUCAUUCCUUCCUUUCUUAUGUUUUUUGCCUUCACCUCUUUUCUGUUCCCACUGUGGGCCCUUGGUUGGUGCUUUCUUUAUUACUGCUUGGGUCACAUAGUCACUUCCUCUGGACUCCUUACUUCCCAUUCUUCCCCCUUCAAGCCAGUCUGCCAACUGUUGUGAUCUUCCAAAAUUAACUCUGAUUAGCUCCCACUGCCUACAGAAGCAAGAACAAGAUCCUCUGCUUGGUACUCAGUCUGUCCCCUGUGACACCCAGUUGCCCUUUUACUUCAUUUCCUACUCUUCUCGUACAUGUAUUGGAACCUGGGGCCACGUUUCAAAAGGUCUCCACUUUGUUCCCUAAAUGCACCCAUAGAUUUGCUAACUUCUUCCUUCAUUCUUUAUGAUGAUCCCCUGCCUGGAAGGGCUAUCUAUUUCUAUCUGUCAAAAUUCUUCAUUACUCUUGAAAGGUCCUCUCACAUCUCACAUGUCAUCUCUUUCCUGAAAAAAAAAAAGAAAAAAAGAAGCUAUUCCUGAGCCUCCUGUUUGGAUGUGAUUUCUUUCUUCCUUGAAACCCCAUAACUGUUUGUUCAUUUUAUGUGAUUUACUUGUUUUUGUGGUCAUUUGUCUGCUCCUUAUCUUCUCACCACUAGAUUACCUUUGAGGGUAGGGCUGUGAUUACUGAUUUAUAAUACUCCGAAGGGUAGCGGAGUUGCUGGAAUGCAGUAGUUGUUCAACAAAUAUUUUACUUAUUCAACAAUUAUUUACUUGGUAUUUGUUGAAGGACUUCCACCCUGCCUCCUUAGAUGACCUUGGGCAAAUUUCCAAACUUGCCUUCCAAAAUCUACCUGAUGUGGGUCAUAAUUCAUAAAAUGGAUAAUGAAUAAUG